AGCGAUCUCAGGCCCACGGCGCGAUGCACUUCAAUGCAUCAGCAACCCGCUCUCCCAUUCUUUUCUGCUGGAUCUCUAUCCGUACCUACAACACAUCUACUGAACCACUCCUGAUGCCCCGCUACAGCACCCCAUAAUGGCCAUCGCGUGGAUCGCCCACUGCCGCAAAAGUCGGACAAGAACGCGAACGGUGCCUGUCACAGAUGGCAACCUGUUGACGACUAUGGGAGACUGUCCCCGGCAAGGGAAUCUGCUGUGGUAUCGCUCGAUCGGCUACAAAUACGGCCUGCAGUGGUUCGUCCCUUGCCUGAUCACCGCCUUCGUCAUCGCCAUCCCUGCCCUCAUCCCCCAAAUCGCUGUCGGGCAGGCCCAUCGCAGCGGGUCUAUCAUUACAUUCAACUGCCGCUUGCAGCUGCAGUUCUACUUGGCGUUCGUUAUGUUGGACGCGGUCGCGACGCUGACAUCGACUUGA